CAGAAGUAGUGUGUCUUACAGACUUUGUUGUGAGCGGAUUGCUUCGAUGUACAUCUCCAGAGAUGUGGCAUGAUGGCGAUGGAGGCGGUGAAGGUAACGAUUUUGAGAAAAGAAGUCUUUGGGUGCACUUCUGCUGGAGGGCACCGGUGCGGCAGAAUCGAACGCGAAAUGUGAAGCGGAUGUAAACAACACAGACUGCCUUGAGUCUCGUACCGCUUUCAUUUUUCACCACUACCAAAGCAGUAUUUUGCCGCUACCAAGCAGUGAAGUCGCGUCAACCGCCUGAGACUUGGUCAAUUGAAGGAGUGAGUGGCAGAAAAAGAGCAGGAUGCCCCUAAACGAGACCGACGCAAGUGGUGUUGAGACUGUCCUUCAACCUCACCAACCCAUCCCCGGACAGAAUGCCUCUACAGACGACAGCAUUGUCUUCGACGACGAGUUGUUCACCAGCCUCAAAGGAAUUGAACAGCUUGUUGCACGUCUAGAUACUCUCUGUGACCAGCUCCGCGCUGCGCACGCCCAAAUGGACAUGCAAGUCAAUCGCAUUCAUGCUAAGCUUGAGGAGAUGUGGAAAGAGAACAACAAGUUUCGCAAACGAGGACUAAAGGGCGGCCGGGCUCGUGCUCAGCAAGCUAAGAAGGGCAGGCUCGCUGUGUGUAUGAAGGAUCUGACUCUGGAUGAUCACAAGCACCGCCGAGAAAUUGAACGCAAGGACUUCAAGGGACGUAGCCAGAUCGAAGGCCUCAAGCAAAUCAUGACCAUAUUCGAAGAAAGCCACGAAUUCAUCCGGGGCCAACAGCGCAUUGCUGAAAAAGUGGUCAUGUCGGGACUAAAGAUGAACGCCGGAGUCGCUACAACUCAGGAGUCUUGGAUCCUCAUCAUGGCUGAUGAGCUUCUUCCUGAUGCGGCCAGAAACAAGGAGAUUGACGACAUCGAAGCCAUGCUGGAUGCAUUCGUCGACGAGUAUGGCUUGUGAGCGGCUACAUUGAACGGCACAAAGCUUCUUGUUCCUGCAUUGGACAUAUCUUGUCGUCAUUGGACUGCUGAAACUUGGCCAUGAAUGUUGGUCAACAAACGAAUUGGCGGAUUAUGUGCCUACACCUUGCUGAAUAAGGCUGUGCUAUUGGAGACAAAGAGUCAUGGAACUGGAUGGCAUAUCUUGUUUACACUGGAUCAGAAGUCAUUGGGUCUACCGUUGGACGAAUGUCAACCUGGUGGUUCUGCCUGUAACAUACAGUGUCCUGCAACAAGGGCUUUCUUGAGGAUACACUCGAAUGACAAUUACCAUACCAUACGUGC